GUGAGGAGUGGCAGAGGCUUCAAACUGGUCAGACGACUUUGGGGACCUGGUCACAGGAGCCAAGAAAGAGAGGAGAGGACAGGUGGAAAGAACAGGCUGGAGGCUGGACAGUGGACGGAUUCAGGGCUGUGGCAUGAAGCUGCUGCCACGCUGGAGAACGGUGCUGCCCGUGGGCCCUCCAGCCUGGCCGUGGACAUGGCAGUUCAGAAGAACUGCUCAAACCUGUGCCCCAAAGAUGAGGGCCCAGGCGGACACCGAGGGCCGGACUCAGCAUGAGUACACCAGGGACCCCCCACCGUCCCUGCCCAUGGAGCCCAAGUUUGACAUGCUGUACAAGAUUGAGGACGUGCCACCUUGGUACCUGUGCAUCCUGCUGGGCUUCCAGCACUACCUGACGUGCUUCAGCGGCACCAUCGCCGUGCCCUUCCUCCUGGCCGAGGCGCUGUGCGUGGGCCGCGACCAGCACAUGGUCAGUCAGCUCAUCGGCACCAUCUUCACGUGCGUGGGCAUCACCACGCUCAUCCAGACCACGCUGGGCAUCCGGCUCCCGCUGUUCCAGGCCAGUGCCUUUGCAUUUCUGGUUCCAGCCAAAGCCAUCCUGGCCCUGGACAGAUGGAAAUGUCCCCCGGAAGAGGAGAUCUAUGGGAACUGGAGUCUGCCCCUGAACACCUCUCAUAUCUGGCAUCCACGGAUACGGGAGGUUCAGGGUGCAAUCAUGGUGUCCAGCACGGUGGAAGUGGUGAUCGGACUGAUGGGGCUGCCUGGGGCCCUGCUCAGCUACAUUGGGCCUCUCACGGUCACCCCCACUGUCUCCCUUAUUGGCCUCUCUGUCUUCCAAGCUGCUGGCGACCGAGCUGGCUCCCACUGGGGCAUCUCAGCUUGCACCAUUCUCCUGAUCGUCCUCUUCUCCCAGUACCUGCGCAACCUCACCUUCCUGCUGCCUGUCUACCGCUGGGGCAAGGGCUUCACUCUCUUCCGCAUCCAGAUCUUCAAGAUGUUUCCUAUUGUGCUGGCCAUCAUGACCGUGUGGCUGCUCUGCUACAUCCUGACCCUGACGGACGUGCUGCCCACAGACCCGAAGGCCUAUGGCUUCCAGGCCCGAACUGAUGCCCGUGGGGACAUCAUGGCUACUUCACCCUGGAUCCGCAUCCCUUACCCCUGUCAGUGGGGCCUGCCCACCGUGACUGCUGCUGCUGUCCUGGGAAUGUUCAGUGCCACACUGGCGGGCAUCAUCGAGUCCAUCGGAGAUUACUACGCGUGUGCCCGCCUGGCCGGUGCGCCACCCCCUCCAGUACAUGCUAUCAACAGGGGCAUCUUCACCGAAGGCGUCUGCUGCAUUAUCGCGGGGUUACUGGGCACAGGCAAUGGAUCCACCUCGUCCAGUCCUAACAUUGGCGUCCUGGGGAUUACCAAGGUGGGCAGCCGGCGCGUGGUGCAGUACGGUGCGGGCAUCAUGCUCAUCCUGGGCACCAUCGGCAAGUUCACGGCCCUCUUCGCUUCGCUCCCUGACCCCGUCCUGGGUGGCAUGUUCUGCACCCUCUUCGGCAUGAUUACUGCUGUGGGGCUGUCCAACCUGCAGUUCGUGGACAUGAACUCCUCCCGUAACCUCUUCGUGCUCGGAUUUUCCAUGUUCUUCGGCCUUACGCUGCCCAAUUACCUGGAGUCCAACCCUGGCGCCAUCAACACAGGCGUUCCUGAAGUGGAUCAGAUUCUGACCGUGCUGCUGACCACGGAGAUGUUUGUGGGCGGGUGCCUUGCUUUUAUACUCGACAACACAGUGCCAGGGAGCCCAGAGGAACGAGGUCUGAUACAGUGGAAAGCUGGGGCCCAUGCCAACAGUGAGACGUCUACCAGUCUCAAGAGCUAUGACUUCCCCUUUGGGAUGGGCAUGGUAAAAAGGAUUGGCUUUCUGAAAUACAUUCCUAUCUGCCCAGUCUUCAAAGGAUUUUCUUCAAGGUCUAAAGAUCAGUUUCCAGUUCCAGAAGACACUCCAGAAAAUAUAGAAACUGUGUCUACGUACACCAAGGUCUGAAAAAUUACUUCCAGGAAAGAUACCUGGGCAGAAUCUGGGCCAACUGGAGUUCACAAGCUAGUAACUCCAUCCAUGUGCAGCCUCAUUAUUAUACUCUAAUAUGUUAAACAAAUAUCAGUUUGAUAUUUGACAUGGAAAAGAUUGAGAAAUACUGACAUAGCACAAAAACAGGAAAAAGCCUCUCAUACACACUGCCUUGUUUCAAUAGUGGUCAUAAAAUUAAAACCCUAUAAAACAGGAUGACUUCAAUUACCCUAAACCUAUGCCUGCACAGACCCUGAUGAAGUGGUCAUUUGUCCCUAAAGCUUCAUUAUGUGUGUGCAGCUGAUGCUCUGAAACCUUCCAUCUCUACCUGUAGAUGCCCGGCUCUCUAGUUAAACACUAAAGUGGUUUCAAUGUGCAUGUUCCCUCAGACAUACAAGAAGAGUUUCAAAAAAGAGAGGUUAGUUUAGAUGAUUCCUUAAUAGUAAAAAUAAAAGCAACUUAAAUAGGACUUUCUAUGUGCUAGGGACUCUCUUAAGUUCAUAAUGUAUGUUAACUAAUCAUACAACCCAGAGACAGAUAUUGUCAUUAUUGUCAUUUUAAAGAUGUGGAAACUAAG